AUGGAGAUUGCUACGACAUCUAGCGCUUUGCAUUCGUUUCCAAAAGAUCAGAGAUUGAAAAGCAACGGUGUGAGGUACAAUUUAAUCGAUUUCUCAAACGGCGACUCGUUGUUACCUAGAAACCCUAAGCUAGACAGACAAAAGAAGACCGUCGAAGUGGACUCAUCUACUAAGUCAAAGCAACAGACAAAGACAAAGGUUACUAAACCGGUGGAUGCGAGGGCUAAUACAACAAAGGUUACUAAACCUGAGAAAUCAAUUUCGGCCAAGGCGCCUGAUGAGAGGGUUGAUUUGAAAAACUUGAUAGCUAAGGCACAACAUAAAAUUCAUGAGAAAAGGCACAUCGACCAACGAAGAGAACACAUUGAAAGGAAGAGGAUAGCUGCUCGCUUAGCUAUAAACCAAAUGGUUGCAGAUGAUUUCUUUGACGAUCAUCUGAAAUAUUAUAGCGAACUGGAACCGCUUGGCUACACAUUCAUGCAAGCUGAAAUUGACUGCUUGAAAAAAUUCAGUUUGUUGUCAAGAAGCGACUUCAAUGGUAGAUCAAGGAGAAAGAAGCAGCAGAGAUCAACAAAAGGAAAAAGCAUUGAGAGCUCCCUGCAAGAUUCUCAGAUUACAGAGAAUGUUGGAUCUUCUGAGAGCACUAAUCAGAGGGAAACCAAGUGUCAAAGCUCAACAAGUAUGUGA